AAACAAUUAUUUAAUUAAAUAAUAAUUAGUAAAUAAUGUGUACCACAAAUAAACCUAAUUAUACAAUCCGUUGUAUCCGAGCGGAGGAUUUCCAAGAAGUUAGAGAUCUUUGGGCUUCCAUUGGGUUUUCAAUUCACAAAUACGCGAACGAUGUUAUGAUUAAAUCGGAUCCAAACGGUUUAUUUGUGGCCGAAGACAUCGAUUCAGGGAAAAUAUUGGGAUAUUGUGCGGCUGUUAUCAAUACACAUGAUUUUGCAUUUAUUGGCGGAUUCUGUGUUCGUCCGGAAUAUAGGGGACACGGAAUCGGAAAAUACUUAUGGAAUACAGGAAUGGCACACAUGGGGGACAGGAAUAUUGGACUUUUUGCCUUCAGUUAUAAGAUGUUUGAGGUAUACAGAGAUCACAAUAACUUCACGUGUGUUCCCGACAGACAUAUCCUACACUUCAGAGGACCGUAUGACCCAAAUAAUGAUAUAAUUGACAAAAUUGACGGCAUAUCGUUGGUGUCCAUCAAUGAGAGCAAUCUUCGGGAUGUGAUUGAAUACGACAAAGAUCUUUGUGGUAUUGAUAGAAGCGUUUACAUCGAAGGUAUCUCUAAGAGUCCCGAAAGCGUCAAUUUAGUGGCCAUUAAUGAGAAAAAUCAAGUGUUGGGCUAUUGUGUGGUUUUGGCCUUAACUACGGGCACGACAGGCAUAGAACCCCUUUAUGCAGACAACGAACAAAUCGCUGAAUUAUUGGCCAACAAAUGCUGUCAAAGAUUACCUAAAAAUUUAACGCAAGAAUUGAUAUAUAAGUGUUGGAAUAUAAACGAUAAAUCAAAAGUUAUUGCAAUGAAAUUGGGUUUAAAGGAAAAGAGAGACCAAAUGUCAUGUUUUACAAAAAAGGUGGGAACAGGAAAGUUGGACAAAGUGUUUAGUAUAGCGAGC